ACAAUCCUUUAGCUAGACAGAAAAGUUCUCCAAGUCCCCACCUGACCCAGAAGCCCAGCCGGCUUCACCUCUCAAUAUCUCACUGGCCAGAGAAAGUCGUGUGGCCAGGCCUGCCCCUGCCUGUAGGAAGCUGAUGGAUAUCACUGGACCCAAUGCAGACUCUUCCUUGAAGGGCAGGGGGAGUGAAUGAAAGCAGCCGUACUGUCUGCUGCAGUGAGCCCGGAUUAGAGAGGUGGAGGAAGUUGGAACAUAGUGUACUGAAUGUGAAAAUUUUAGGUUGAGUCGAUAUCACCUCUUAGAACUUGUGCCUGUUGAAGCCUUCUUAUUUUACAAUAAUACUCUUUUUGAUUGAAGCUAUCCUGGAAACCACUGUGGGUAUUUCUGCUAAUAGUCGUCCUCUGGUCAGAGGUUUUCAUAUUUGGGGGCAGGGGUGACUAUAAGCUCCCUGAUGUCGCCUGUGCAUACACGUAGGGUCACCCUAAGGGCCUUAGCCUGCCAGAUGGAUGCUGGUGACAACAGCCGAGCCCCAUCUUCCUCAUGUCCAAAUGAGUCCUCCUUUUGUCAGGUGUUAGUUCAGGAACUAAACUUAAUAAUAAAUGUGGCUGCUUUGGUGUAAUCAUAAAAUGAGGAAUAUGCCAAAAUCAAAUUCCUUUGGAGACAUACCAAAAAUUAAGGCUGGAAGUUGAGUCUGGGCCAGAUUGUAGAGCCUUUGAUGACUGGUUCCAGCACCUUUGGCUUCAGUUUCUUCUGUGGAGUUAGGAGUCAGAGAGCUGGGUGCCCAGGAACAAUCAGCCUGGGCCUAGAGACUGGACAGCAGUGGGGAAGGGACACCAGACAGCGACCUCCCGAUACGCCUGUUACAGAUGGUGGCCUCAGGUCCACAUUUGCAUGGGCUCACCCCUCUUCCUUUUUUCUGCUCCAAAGUCUGUACCUCCAUUGGGAGCACGCACAGUUAUCACCCUCUCUGAGAAGCCCUUUCUGACUCACGUUACAGGUGCUUGCUUUCUGCCACCAUGGACUACUCGAUGACUCCUCCUCCUCUUCCUCAACACCCAGGGCAACUUUUCCCUACCGUCUUUCUGUGUCUGGAGACAUCACCUCUCUCGGCCCCUAGGUGGGCGGGGUCCUGACCAGCCCUGGGCAGCGGCCUCUCUGGGGAGAGCCCAGUGCCCUCCCUGCUGCGUCCUUCAUCUUCCUCCUGGUCAUCUCCAAGCCGAGCCUCCUUUCUCUGGAACCACGUGUGGGAGAUGCAGUUCCAGGACAGAGGAGUGAAUACCCACUCGCCUUAACUCAUUUUUUUUUUCUCUUGUUGUCCUGUAGCCAGCUGCUGAAUUCCUCACCGCGCAUCUUCACCCUUCUCUCGUUUUCUGUUCAGCCAGCUCUCUUGACCCUGGUCCUUCUUGCUCGAAAUCAUCUUUUUUUUUUUUUUUUUUUUUUUAAAACAAUACACUGUGUCAGAGGAAUCCUUGAGUUUUACAACUGGAAGUGACUUUAGAGGUUAGCUGAUUCAGCUUCUCUCCCUUCCCAGGUGAGGAACGGGACAGCCACAGCUAUGUGGAGACUUGUCCACUCUGCAGCUGCCAGCUGUUUAGGGAUGGAUGCCCCCUCUUGGGUACUGAGUGGCCACAUCCAUGUUUGUCUGGGAUGGUCUUGCUUUGUGUCCCUGUUCCCAGGUGAAUUUCUGACAAUGUUCCCUUUUUCUCUCAGCAGAGAUCUGGACGGCUGGUGAACUGCAUGAGUGUCCUGCGUGGACUGCCGUCGUCCUGUGGCUUUAGACCUUCUGGUGUCUUCUGUGCCGUCCUUGUGUUAAAACCCCCCCUUUUUUUUCCCGUCAAGUUUGUUGUCAAAUUGUAUCUCAUGUAAGAUGAUGGCCAAGACCGGCUAGUGUUAUUAAAAACAAAAACCAUUCCAAGUGAAAACAGCUAAGUCUUCAUUAGUAUCUCUUGGUAUUGGCUGAGUUAUCGAUGCAUUCUUUUGUCUGUGAAGAUAAUUUUAACCCUCUCUAUGGAUUAUGUAAUUCUAGGUUUUUCUCUAAACUGAGGAUUAGGAUGUAUAUGCUUGUGAGAAAAACUGGUUUGAGAGUUCCUCAUGGGUGUUGAGUGUUACAGUCACUCAGGACAUUGUUACUAGUGGACUGCCUGUGCCCUGCCUUGAAUUUAGCGAUGCUUUAAAAGAAAAAUUGCUGUGAUACUUUAGGAAGAUUAUAGCAGUCCUUUCUUUGAUUCAAGGGGAAUGGCAUACUGUUGAUCAAAGUUCAUUCCCACAGGUUGCAGGCCUAAGGGCACUCCAUUUUCAGUCUGUAGAAGUGGAGGGAGUCUGGAGGAUCCCACAGUGGGUGCCCGGGACCUAGACGAGAACUGUGUGUGGGUGGCCUGUGUGCUGCUGCCUCCACAGUGCACCCAAGUCAGAGUGCACCUGGGGGGCCUGCUGCAGACCUGGUGGCCAAGGUGCCCCUUCCACAUGGGAGAGGCAGGACCCCCUGCUCUGAGUCUGAGACUUACAUUUCUUUCCCUCCAGUUGCUGGUAGGCCCAGUCUACGCAGCCAGGGUCUUCGGAGGAAGGGUGUUGGCGGUGUGUUGGGUCAGCACCCCUUCCUGCUGCUCUGAGGUCUGUGUGGUUUCUGUCUGCCCUGCAUGAGCCCCCUUGGCCAGGCCUGCUGUCGAGGCUCGUGUUCCUGACACUCCCCUUCACGGGCAGUGCUGUUUGAUUUUGCGAUUAUGCAUUGUCCAUACUCUAUUAAAAAUGGCCUUAAGCUGGUCAUGAUUACCACUAGAAGUUAUAGUGUGAAAUGGUGCUAGGCUGUUCAUUGUUGUGUAGACAGUGUGGGGAGUGACAGUUCUGCAUCCGUGGCCUGAGAAUUCAGGGGAGGGAGAGGCAGGACAGUCAGGGUGCUAGCACAGCUCCCCGGAAUCCUGAGCGAGCCCCCAGAGCAGGCCGGGGAGGCUGCCCUCUUUUGUGUUGGUGUCUGUAAUCCUGCUGUGAGUCUUGGGGUAGUGAGGACAGUUUGGGCUCCCAUGACUGAAGGGUGAAGUCGGUCAUUCAGUGUGUGCUAGGGCAAGAGUUUGUGGUAGAAGCAACUGCUUCAAGGCUGUGGCUUCUGGAUGGAGUCAGGUGAUCUCCCAGGGAUGUGAGCUGGAGUCUUGUUGAUGGAGAUCUGUGGAAGGAUGGCGCCUGUUUGACAUUGAAAGCUGUAGAGCUGUAGAAGUCAUCCCGUGUGCUGUGUUUGCAGUGCAUGGGUGUGCAGACAUGUGGCCCAUUCUUGCACAGUGGAACUGGGAGGUGUGUGGGUUCAGGAAAGAGCACUGGAUUAGGAAUGAGGAGUCUCCUGGGACCGUGGAUGAGCUACUGCACCACUGUGGCCUUGGCUCAUCCGUGCCUGAUCCCUGUCUGCAGAGGGAGCUGCCAUGGUGUUGGAGCCAUCUUUUUGUCUGAGAAAUGUCAGUAGCUGGAAGAAAAGCCUUAGCAGCUCCCCAUACCUUCUGUUGCUUCCUCCCUUGCCUGGAACACCCCCGCCUCACCUGGCCACAUCCUGUGUCCCUUUCCAGACUUGACUGCUCCUCACCUUGCACUGCCUCUGCCCUGCGGCCCCAUUCCCUCUCUGCAUUCCCACUGAGCUGGAAGACCGCAGCCUCCUACGUCUGCUUUCUAGCCUGAAAGUCCAACUUUUUCAAAAAACUUAUUUUGUGUUUUUGAAUAUGCUGACAUAUUUUAACCUGGGUGAUAUUAAUCAUGAAGUUAUGCCUCUAAAUCUUUCAAAAUGACCUUUCCAAAAAUAACUCCAUGUUCCCACAUAGCCAAAAUUGUAAUGUCUGUCAUACAUGACAAGGUUAGUAAUGAUGUCUCAACACCAUCUGAUAUGUAGUCUGUGUUUACAUUUCCCCAGGUGCUCCCAAGUACACUUUGUCGAUGGUUUAUCCGAAACGGUCCAGUGCAGGGCCCCUCGUGGCAUGUGGAGUCUCUUAAUCCAGAACAGUCUUGUUUUCCGUGGCCCAGAAUUGUGCACAAACUUAAUGUCUGGCUUUUAUAGCUGCCCAGAACUGCUUGUUCAGUGAAGGCACAGAAAAGACAACGGGGAUGAGACAUUGAAGACAUUUUUUUCUUCUUUGGUUCAGGGAGGAUUUCUCUCAGUCUUAAAUAUUAAUGAUGUUCGGCGUUCAAUUAAAAAACUAUGCCCUUGGUCCUCCUCCAUGCCGUGGUCUUCUGGACGCACAACUGGAUCCCCAGGCUUGUCGGCUCCUUCCGGUGUCUCCCCAGUGUCUGUCGAAAUCCCCCUCAUCCCGCUUGUCCCUGUGGCUGAGGUUCUCCGACCUACGAUUGCAGAAAUCUUCCUCAGAUAGUUUCUCUGUGUCUCACUAUUUUCUUCUAUGGUCUGUAUAGUUUAGUACCUUGUAGCCGUUCUAUUUUAUGCCCAAAUUGCUUUAUAUAUGGCCUGUGUAUUUCAUAGAAGGCAAGAUAAUUUUCCUAAACAGUGCCAGCUACAAUUCAGCUUCCUAAGAAGCGAUUUCUGCAAAGCAUUGCAAGAGAAAUGAGGUCCAACAAGCGUACUCUGCGAGAAUAGAGUUGAGGAAGUCGUUGUACUUGGGGGCUUCAUUUUUAUCUCUAAAUGAGAGGAUUGACCUGUAAGUCAUGUAGAUGAUUCUUCUCUCUGUUUGGUGGGCUUUUUCUUGUGGUUAUUUUGAAUUUUUUAAAAGUGGGAGUUUUCCUUGGCAGAAUGGAGUUAUCUAUAGGUCUGUUUUGAUAAGCGAGAUUUGGUGUGCCCUUUUCUUUUUGAAGGCGUGGGGCAUUCCAGUUGCUGCUUCCUGUCCUCAAGCGUGUUCCCCUUUCCCUGGUGAAGAUGAGCAGUCUGAGGCCCGAGGGGCCCAGUGCAGGGCUGUAGCAAGCAGGUGGUCAGGGAGGCUCUGCUCCAUAGACCCAGCCCUCUUCCUUCUUCCGGCGCUGCUGCCUCCUUCCCACAACGUGCUGCCUUGUGUUGUGCCAUUUAGUGUUAGACCGUGGGAACUCCCCUGCCCACUCCCCUUUUAAGAAGGUAUUUUUCUAUCCUUGUUUGAGUACUCUGGGCUUCUUUUAUCCCUGAUUUGGUAUUGUAUUUCAUUAUGUAAUUUCUAUUGAGAGUAAAAUGUCAAAAAUAAACUAAGUAAUUUUAAUGUUAAUUUUCUGGUGGAAAACUGGUAGGAUGAUUUCAUUUUGGGAAUAUGGGGUCAUUCUACUGCACAUUUAAUUCACUUAAAUGUAAAAGUAAGUGUGCGUGUUUGAAAUAGGUUUUUCGAAAUGGAUAGAUCCUAAUGCAUAUUUUGGGGCGAAGUGUGUCUGUGCAGCCACCCUCUUCCCCAGCAUGGUGCCUGUGCCGGCCUCGAGCCUGCUGCUGGGCGGGAUUCCUAAUGACCCUCCUUACCUCACCGCGAACGCCUCUCACCCUGGGCUGUGUGUUGGAGUCACUUGAAGAGGGUUGGCAUUUUGAUUUUGAGUCUCUCCAGAACACUGCUGGAGUAUCCUGCCCUCUCACAGCCCCCCAGGAGGCCUUAGCAUGCAGCUCCUGCUGAGAAUUGCAGCUCCUGAGGCUGAGGCUUCCAAAAGGAGGCCUGGUGACAAUGGAAUAUGGUUUGUACUUCCUUCCAUCCUGCUGCUCCUUGCCUUGCCAAGAGCGGAAAUACUGCUAAAGCACCCAGCAAGUCGUGGUGGGGAAAUGAAUGAAUCCUGUCUAAGACACUUGCCUUAAUAACCCUAGGGGAACAGUUUAGUAUGUUAAAUGUCAUGGUAAUUCUUACAUACACACUGAUUUACUUUUUGCAGAGAUAUUUCUACAAAAGUUCUGAGACUUCCCUCUGAUUCCCAUAGUACAAAAUUUCUCUGUACUCAGAUUUUUCUGUUUCUGUUUUUUGUUGAAUAGAUUUCUAUUUUAGGAAAUAGUCUGUUACCUUUCUCCAGAGAAGCACUUCAAUCGAAACAUUCUAUUGGCUGAGAAUGUGCAUUUUCCCCCUCUCAGGGGUAAGGAUUUGCCUCAUCUCAUUGUCUAGCUUCCUGUUGAGAAGUGUGGUGUGUGUAUUCACUUAAGCGCUGAUGUCAUAUUGAAGCCCAUUGGUGGGCAAUUUCAGCCAAUCAGAUGCUUCCUGGUAUCCAAGUAAGAAAGGUAUAUAGUUCUGGAAUAACAGGAAACUUCACGUUUUUCACAUCCUGUUGUUCUGGGUUUUGUGACUUGCUGCCUUGCCACUAUGAAGACGUUUGAUGCAAAUGAUUUGUAUCAGGGGCAGAAUUUUAACAAGGUCCUCAGUUCCUUAGUGACUCUAAAUAAAGUAACAGCAGACAUCGGGCUGGGGAGUGACUCCGUGUGUGCCCGGCCCUCGUCUCACCGCAUAAAGUCUUUUGACUCCCUUGGAUCACAGUCUUUGCACACUCGGACUUCAAAACUGUUCCAGGGCCAGUAUCGGAGUUUGGACAUGACCGAUAAUAGCAACAAUCAACUGGUAGUAAGAGCAAAGUUCAACUUCCAGCAGACCAAUGAGGACGAGCUUUCCUUCUCAAAAGGAGACGUCAUCCACGUCACCCGCGUGGAAGAGGGAGGCUGGUGGGAGGGCACACUCAACGGCCGGACCGGCUGGUUCCCCAGCAACUACGUGCGCGAGGUCAAGGCCAGCGAGAAGCCUGUGUCUCCCAAAUCAGGAACGCUGAAGAGCCCUCCCAAAGGAUUUGAUACGACCGCCAUAAACAAAAGCUAUUACAAUGUGGUGCUACAGAAUAUUUUAGAAACAGAAAAUGAAUAUUCUAAAGAACUUCAGACUGUGCUUUCAACCUACCUACGGCCAUUGCAGACCAGUGAGAAGUUAAGUUCAGCAAACAUUUCAUAUUUAAUGGGAAAUCUAGAAGAAAUAUGUUCUUUCCAGCAAAUGCUCGUACAGUCUUUAGAAGAAUGCACCAAGUUGCCCGAAGCUCAGCAGAGAGUCGGAGGCUGCUUUUUAAACCUGAUGCCACAGAUGAAAACCCUGUACCUCACGUAUUGUGCCAAUCACCCUUCUGCAGUGAAUGUCCUCACGGAACACAGUGAGGAGUUGGGGGAGUUCAUGGAGACCAAAGGUGCCAGCAGCCCUGGGAUUCUCGUGCUGACCACGGGCCUGAGCAAACCCUUCAUGCGCCUGGAUAAAUACCCUACGCUGCUCAAAGAGCUCGAGAGACACAUGGAGGAUUAUCAUACAGAUAGACAAGAUAUUCAAAAAUCUAUGGCUGCCUUCAAAAACCUUUCAGCCCAAUGUCAGGAAGUCCGGAAAAGGAAAGAACUUGAGCUGCAGAUCCUGACGGAAUCCAUCCGGAACUGGGAGGGCGAUGACAUUAAAACUCUGGGCAGCGUCACUUACAUGUCCCAGGUCCUGAUCCAGUGUGCUGGAAGCGAGGAAAAGAAUGAAAGAUAUCUUCUACUCUUCCCAAAUGUUUUGCUAAUGUUGUCUGCCAGUCCUAGGAUGAGUGGCUUUAUCUAUCAGGGAAAGCUUCCAACGACAGGAAUGACAAUCACAAAGCUUGAGGACAGUGAAAACCAUAGAAAUGCAUUUGAAAUAUCAGGUGAUAGGCACAAGCUGUGUGAGUGCCGUGUCUCGGGGAGGAGAGGCAGCUUGUCCCCGCGUGCAGAUUCUUGCUUGCAUAUUUCAGAAGGGAGCAUGAUCGAGCGGAUAUUAGUGUCAUGCAACAACCAGCAGGAUCUGCAGGAAUGGGUGGACCACCUACAGAAGCAAACGAAGGUCACAUCUGUGGGAAACCCCACCAUAAAGCCUCAUUCGGUGCCGUCUCAUACCCUGCCCUCCCACCCGGUCACUCCGUCCAGCAAGCACGCAGACAGCAAGCCCGCGCCGCUGACGCCCGCCUACCACACGCUCCCCCACCCCUCCCACCACGGCACCCCGCACACCACCAUCAACUGGGGACCCCUGGAGCCUCCGAAAACACCCAAGCCCUGGAGCCUGAGCUGCCUGCGGCCCGCGCCUCCCCUCCGGCCCUCAGCUGCCCUCUGCUACAAGGAGGAUCUUAGUAAGAGUCCCAAGACCAUGAAAAAGCUGCUGCCCAAGCGCAAACCUGAACGGAAGCCUUCCGAUGAGGAGUUCGCGUCCCGGAAAAGCACAGCUGCUUUGGAAGAAGAUGCUCAGAUUCUGAAAGUCAUCGAAGCUUACUGCACCAGCGCCAAAACAAGGCAAACACUCAAUUCAACAUGGCAAGGCACUGACCUGAUGCAUAAUCACGUCUUGGCUGAUGAUGACCAACCAAGCCUAGACUCCUUGGGUCGUCGCAGUAGCCUUUCUCGUUUGGAGCCUUCAGACCUCUCGGAAGACUCUGACUAUGACAGUAUAUGGACAGCCCAUAGUUACAGAAUGGGUUCUACAUCUCGUUCACGCAAAGAAUCUGCUCCACAAGUUUUGCUUCCAGAAGAAGAGAAAAUUAUAGUGGAAGAAACUAAAAGUAAUGGUCAGACAGUGAUAGAAGAAAAGUAAGAUGUCUUCCAGUAUUCUAAAGCAGGCAUUUGAGCUCUGCAGUGGGGUAGCAGAGUUCAGACAGCUCCCUGAGGGCGGGGGUGUGGCUUCGGAAGCUUCAC